AUGAAGUGUGCAAUUUUCAUUGUGAUUUUUGUGAGCGUUGUGUACGCAAAAUAUUUCGACGAAAGCAUCUAUAAAGAAAUAUUCGAAAGUUUAAAUGAUGUGUCUGAUACUUCGGCUGAAGACAAAAUCUUUAAAGAAAUAGAUGAUUAUUCUACUAGUUUCUUAGGAGAAGAAGGGCCACAAUUCGAUUAUGUCUCUGAUACUUCUGAUGGAGAAGGAAGGGAAAUAAAUGCGUAUGCAGCAAUUUCUAAAGACUAUAUUAACAGGCAGGCAAAGGAUGAUUUUGAUGAUGAUUAUGGAAGUUUUAAUGAAAUCGAAAGAAUUGAAUAUUUUGAUGAAGAUCAUAACGGACAGCCAAAAGCACAGACAAAAUUCUUCCAUGAUUCUUAUGCUGCAUUUUACGAAAUAGGCUAUAGUUAUACUGGAAACCGAAAUGUUGUCUUCAAGACUUUUCAUAGCCUUGUGACUCAUGAAAAUCAUUAUGUCCACUACAUAAUGAAACCAUUGGAUGGAGCGAGUGGCGCGGAAAACCCAAUGUCCACCUCCCAAUGGAGAGAGAACGAUUUUCCUGUGACAAAUAUAGAUUGUCUAUAUACAGUUAAGAAACAACUUGAUACAAUAGGCAAAAUACUUGGAAAUGUUAAAUAUGCAGAACAAUGGAUUAAAAAGGACACUGAGUAUAUCUUAACUCGUGGUCAUUUGGCGGCGAAUGGCGACUUUCCGAACGAACAAUUAAAACGGCAGAGUACAUAUACCUUCUUUAACGCUGCACCACAAUUCCAAAUAUUCAACAAUGGCAAUUGGAAAUUGGUUGAAGAAAGUAUUAGAGAUUUGACAAAAUCUCGUGGUGAUUUGGAAAUUUAUUCUGGUACACACGGAGUUGGCAAAUUAAAAGUUAACCAAGCUGAUGAAAUUGGUAGAGAUAUAUAUCUUGGAUGGCCAAAAAAAACAAUCCCUAUGCCGAAAUUGUUUUACAAAAUGGCUAUCAAAGGAAACGAAGGAAUUGUUGUAAUUGGUGUUAAUAAUCCAUAUUUGACUGAAAAAGAAAUUCAUAAUGAUUACAUAAUAUGCACAGAUAUUGCUGAUCAACUUAAAUGGUUGAGGGAUAUAAAUCGGAAGGAUAGAACCAAAGGAUAUAUAUAUGCUUGCUCCGUCGAAGAUUUUAUUCAAAAGGUUCAAAUUCCCAUUGCACGUAUUCCAGAAUUUCCUUUGGAUGAUCAAAUAAAAAACAAACCUUCAAUGUCAUAUGCUAUGAAGUAAUCCUUUUCAUUAAAAAUAAAUUUUCAAUAUGAAAUCAAUAAAUAACUUUACACGAGCAUCACAAAACGGCGCUGUUUUAUUAAACAAAUUUUUGAUUAUCC